UACUACGGAACUUGAAUUGGUCGGCUAUUGUAGCUGGAUAUCCACGGCGGACGGGAUAUCGAAACCAUUUGGAAUUCACAAAACAGUGGAAAGAUGUCUGGCUUGUAUCGGAUAUUACUAUGGCGGGAUCUUUUUCGCCAAUCUCAGCACUCUUCGACACCGAAUCAGAAAUGACGGCAUGGUCGACUUCGCCGAGUUGGUCCUCUGCGACGCCUCUUUCGAAAGCUCUGGUAUUUUUUUUGCGGAUCAUCCUCAUGUUUUCUGCAUUUACCCGCCAUUUCGGACUAUUCUUUGACGAUUCACUGCAUGAGUUGUCGGUGGAUCUGCGCACUGGUAACGGACAAUAUGUGCACUCGGCAACGCGAGCAGUUUCGAUGCAAGCUACAGCGCUAUUAGACGACAUUGUACUUAUCUCCGUUUGGGGCCAACGCCUGGCUGGCUGGCUGAGUGGUGACGACGGUUGUUAUUAUGUUGUAUGGGAAAGUAAUUGGGCGUGGUCUACAUACUUUGCUGCUGGGGUGGCGGACCCUUUCUCAUAGCUUUCAGAGGCAUGCUAGGAUUUGAUACAAAGCAUGAAAAGGCGUGAAACCGGUUGCAACACAGCUGCUU